AUGAGUAGCGGUAAUUUUGCGAGUCGACAGAUACCUAUUCACAAUAAUAUUCGACAACGUUUUCGAUUGAAAUAUUCCAAACAUGGCAAAUUUAAUUGGAAUAAAUGGACUGAAUACGAUUGCAUAUUUGCUUCAUAUAUUGAUCCUGAUCGGAACCAACACAGUAAACUUGAAUUACAUUCAAACAAUAAUCUUGAAGAGUCCAGCGGUAAAGUAAUUGAUCUGACUCAACUUCACUCACUAACUUCUGUGCAUGGCGAUAAAAACAAAGAUGAACCUAAAAGUAUAAUGAUACUUAAAAUUAAUGGGAAAAAACAUCGAUUCGGUUUUGAUCAUAUAUAUGAAUUUAAUCAAUGGAAAACUCUGCUGGACGGAGUUUAUAAUUCUGAAUUAGAUACAAUGAAGAAAGAUCGUUGCAAUGAAAAUCAAAUUGUAAAUACGCAUUAUGAAUCUACGACUGCCAAACGAUACCGAGUUCAAUGUGCUGAUUUAGCCACUCAAGAAAUUCUUUCAUUACCGAAUGGUUCAUUCGAUUUAAUAAUUGAUACAGAUAAAUUAGUUGUUGGACAACGUCAUGAUAGACGACAUAUAUUUCCACGUUCCACUAUUCGUAGUAUACGCUUUGUGAAUAGUGAUAUUGAAGUUGAAUUAGGAUCACGUGCACCUAUACAAGGCCUGAUAAGUUUUCGUUUUGAAUCAUGCGCGGAUGCAAAUGCAUGUUUUUUACAAUGGCAAGAUGGUAUUGCACAAGGAGAUAUGCCACAACGAAUAGAAUAUCCAAAAGUUUCACAAUCUGUUCCAUUAAGAACGAAGUACAACGAUCAGUUAUCACUGCUGCCAAGAAGUCGAUCAAUAAAACGCACAUAUUAUAACGUUGGGCCAUCAGUAUCGUCAACAGCAAACGAUCCUACAUAUGAUUAUGCACCCUUUCAUACACUAGUUUAG